CCCCGCCGCCGCCGCCGCCGCCGCCACCGGCCGGCAGAAUCCUCAGAGGAGUAUGGCGACGAGCUUCGUGAUACGCUCCUCCUUCUCGCCAUCGAUCCUGAGAUCGGGAGCUGCUUCCUCGCCGCCGAGAUCACCCGCAUCGAUGUGCUUGCGCCGCCGUGAUAGCUGGGAGGACACGCCGGUGCGCACGCUGCUAAUCGAUAACUAUGAUAGCUACACCUACAACAUCUUCCAAGCGCUGUCCGUCGUCAAUCGUGUGCCUCCUGUUGUUGUUCGCAAUGAUGAAUGGACGUGGGAGUAUGCUCGGUAUUGUUUGUAUGAUGAGAAGGCUUUUGAUAACAUUGUUAUUUCCCCUGGACCUGGAUCUCCCACAUGCAGUGUAGACAUAGGUAUAUGCCCACAGAUACUUCUUGAAUGCAAGGAUGUCCCUGUUUUGGGUGUUUGUCUGGGCCAUCAGGCCCUGGGAUUUGUUCAUGGUGCUCGAAUUGUCCAUGCUCCUGAACCGGUUCAUGGCCGGUUGAGUGAGAUUGAGCAUACAGGUUGCUGUCUUUUCAGCAAUAUCCCAUCUGGGAGAAGAUCAGGAUUUAGGGUUGUUCGCUAUCAUUCACUUAUUAUAGACCCAGAAUCGCUUCCUAGUGAACUCAUUCCCACAGCAUGGACUUCUUCAUUGGCCACGCUUUCAUUUCUUGAGGCCCAAGAAUCAUGCAUGAAGCAUCAUCCACUCCAUUCUCCUGAUUUCGCCUCAGCUGUAAUGGAAGGCUUGGAAUUGUCAAGGCAUGCUACUUUGGAAGAUUGUAAAUGUUCAAAAAUCCUUAUGGGUGUAAUGCACCAUACUUGGCCUCAUUAUGGUUUGCAGUUUCAUCCUGAAAGUGUUGCUACAAGUCAUGGAAGGCAAAUAUUCCAGAACUUCAAAAAGAUAACAGUGGACUAUGGAUUAAGAUCAUCUCAACAUUAUGGAAGAAAGGUUCAUGCUUGUGGUAAAUCGCGAUUGUUUCAAGUCUUUCAUCCAUCUUUAUCAGCCAAGGAACCUAACAAUGGCAAACCAUUAAAUGACAACCUAAUGGAUUUCAAAUCACCUUUAUCUGGAAAUUCAAUAGAUGACCUUAACAAGGGGGAUAAGAAGCAUUUGAGAUUGGAGUGGAAGAAAAUCAAUUGCUUACUGAAUCAAGUUGGUGGACCAGAAAACAUAUUUUGCAAGCUGUUUGGUGAUAAGUGUGGCAAAGACGCUUUUUGGUUGGAUAGCUCCUCAACAGACCAGAAGAGAGCACGGUUUUCAUUCAUGGGGGGUAAAGGAGGACCAAUGUGGAAGCAAAUCACAUUUCGACUUUCUGAUAAAAGUACAAAGACUGCCAAAGCUGGGGGGUGCUUAUCAAUUCAAGAUUGUUAUGGGGCUGUAAAGAAAUGGUUCUUAAAGGAUGGCUUUUUCGAUUUCUUAGACAAGGAACUUCAAUCAUUCCAAUAUGACAAAGAAGAUUAUGCUGGGUUGCCAUUUGAUUUUUGUGGUGGAUAUAUUGGUUUCAUUGGGUAUAAUCUAAAAGUUGAAUGUGGUGCAUCAUCCAACUCGCAUCAAUCAACAACUCCGGAUGCUUGUUUAUUCUUUGCUGACAACCUUAUAGUAAUUGAUCACCACAAUGGAGAUGUAUAUGUUCUUUCCAUUCAUGAUGAGCAUCAUUUAGAUUCUAAAAGGGGAGCGAAGUCAUGGUUGGUUGAAACUGAGAGGAGGCUCCUUAAGUUGACUACUAAGGCUACUGAACCACCAAAUAAGCCGAAAUUACCAACUAGAUCAUCAUGCCAACAUGAGGCAAACUUUGUAGUGGAUAAAUCAAGGCAUCAAUAUAUCAAAGAUGUACAGAAGUGUCUGGAAUUCAUUAGAGAUGGUGAAAGCUAUGAGUUAUGUCUAACAACACAAAUGAGGAAAAAGGUCCAUAACAUAAAUUCACUGAAUCUCUAUCUUAAAUUAAGAGAUCGAAAUCCAGCUCCAUAUGCUGCUUGGCUUAAUUUUACCCAAGAAGAUUUAUGCAUCUGUUGCUCCUCUCCUGAGAGAUUUUUACAGCUGGAUGGGCAUGGUACUCUGGAAGCAAAACCCAUCAAAGGUACAAUUGCUCGUGGCAGAACCCCAGAAGAAGAUGAGAUUCUUAAAUUACAACUGCAAUACAGUGAAAAAGAUCAGGCAGAGAACCUAAUGAUAGUCGAUCUUCUGAGGAACGAUAUUGGCCGGGUCUGUGAACCAGGCAGUGUGCAUGUCCCUAGUCUAAUGGAGUUGCAAUCAUAUGCGACGGUACACACUCUGGUCAGUACUAUCCAAGGAAAGAGAAAGUCAGACAUAACCCCAGUCCAAUGUGUCAAGGCCGCCUUUCCAGGCGGUUCGAUGACCGGGGCACCUAAGUUACGCUCCAUGGAACUCCUUGAUUCUCUUGAAAGCUGCUCCAGAGGUGUUUACUCAGGCUGCAUCGGAUUUUUCUCAUACAAUCAGACAUUUGAUCUCAACAUAGUAAUUCGAACAAUUGUAAUACACAAAGGAGAAGCUUCAAUUGGAGCUGGGGGAGCCAUUGUAGCUCUAUCUAAUCCUGAAGAUGAGCAUGCUGAGAUGAUGCUGAAAGCCAAAGCACCAACCAAUGUUGUUCAAGAGUUCAUCAAUGAAUUGGAUUUCCAUGAAGAGAUUUCAAGAUGAUGAUCAAUAGCUACAGAAAUCAUACUUUACAGACAUACACAUAGAUUACAAAUAAAUUCAGUGUAAUAACAAUUUUUUUUUAGAUUUAAUUUUUGUUGAUGUAUCUCUUGACUGAUUGUUUGAUUGUUUGUUCAAAUAA